GUUAACGCAGCCUGUAGCCGCUCGAACAGCCUCAAUCUCCCACAGCUCCUGCGACAGAGAGCCAUUCAUUAACAAACAGCAACAUGUCAGACAAAAAACAGACCGUGGAUUUGGGCUUACUGGAGGAGGAUGAUGAGUUUGAAGAAUUUCCAGCCGAGGAUUGGACCGGGCUGGAUGAAGACGAGGACGCUCAUGUAUGGGAAGACAACUGGGAUGAUGACAACGUAGAGGAUGAUUUCUCAAAUCAACUGAGAGCCGAGCUGGAAAAACAUGGUUACAAGAUGGAGACGUCUUAGCGUCGGCUGAGGCCUUUCUGUAUUCGAUGACCAUGGAUAUGGACAUUUAUAUUUGAAUAUUACUGGUUGACCACACACCACGGAAAGAUAGUUGAGCAUGUGAAUUUGUUUUUCUUUUUUUUGUAAGAAAUAUUGAUGGGAGUAAAGUGUUUGGAAAAAGCA